ACCCUGGACAGUGGCUUUUCCCUGCAUGAGAGCUUCCUUCUAUAACCAGCUCUCAGGGCUGCACAUUUCCAAAUCCCUGCAACAAGUCAUCUAAUCCCCUUGACUUCUUGAAGAGCUGGUUUUUUUUUAUCCUGCUGGGAGGAGACUUCUAGGGCUGAGAUGCCUUGCCUAUAGGGAACGCCUCACUGUGUCACUAUAAAUGUCUUCAGAGGCCAAAAAGAGGCCUUCUGUGUCAUCGCUCCCUCCCUAGCUGUGAGACUCCAGCUACUUCACUAUGAGACUUCUAGCCCUUUCCAGUCUGCUCUGCAUGCUGCUCCUCUGCUUCUCCAUUCUCUCCUCAGAAGGGAGAAGGCAUCCUGCCAAGAUCUCAAAACCCAAGCAUUGCUGUAACCUGGUUUCUAGAUCCAGACUGACAACCCAGAAAGGAAACCACACGAGGCACUGCAGACCAUGCAAAAGCAAGCCACCAUCCAAGUCAUGGGUAGUACCUGGCGCUCUCCCACAGGUGUAGAGCUCCUGAAGCCUGGCUCCACCCAGAUGAGACCUUCAUGCCCAGAUGUGGAGACACCGGAAACCUUGACUUGCCCCCUGCCAACUUUCCUGGUGGCAGUGAGCUGUGAUACUGGGAGGCUUCACUUCAGACAUCCAGGAACAUUCCAGAAUUCCUAGACCUGGUUCCAACGAUGCCUCCAACCUUCGGAGUCACUAUGAAGCCCACAUGUCUUCAUGGCUCCACAGGAGUGAAAGCCAAAGACUCCUCCUGUGGGAGCUACAAUGCCAGAGACUUCCAAGCUGGCCAGAGUGCACAAUAGCAAGACCUCAGUGUGAUCAGCCAGGACUACAGCACCUUGGGCACCCACAGACAGCCUCACAUUCCUAGCAUUUAACCAAUGGUCUCUGAACCAACUCCUGUAACUUCCUAAUUACAUCACCGAGAGAG